CUGUAAAAAUUCGUAAAUUAUUUAAAAUAGAUGGCGAAAACUGAUCAAUUGCCUUGCACACCAGGAUUCCAUAGUGAGAUGAAAAACUCCUGCCAGCAUACAAUGAUUAUUAAGUUAGUGUUCCUGAAAUACUGCUGAUUUUGACUGUAAACAUCACCAUGAUUUGAACCAAUGAUUGACUUGAAGCUCUUGAUGCAAACCAAAUGCAAGUAAUGUCCGUGAGGUCAUCUUGUCGGAUUCGAUACCACAGGAAAAUCAUCGUGUUUAUUGGGACUAACAGUGGUGGCGAUAUUAUGCUAUACAUUUGAUUCAUUUUCAUCAAGGAGAAGCCGCAGUAAUUGUUGCGCAAAGUGAGUUGUGUUACUAGAAAGYCUUAACUGCUGGUCGUCUGCCGCGAGUUGAAAGUCGAGUUCUUGUUCACAAAAAGCUUGAAGUACUUGUGAGACAAGGAUCAGCCAGCCUAAGAUGGUCUACASCAGGAUAUGGCUAUUAUUGUCACUUAUCAUAUACGGCAGUGAAGCCAGCAAAAGUGAGCGUGCAUUGAUCAAGAAACUAUUCGAUGAUUAUGACAAAGAAGUGAGACCAGUUAUCAACGACUCAGAUGCCGUGACGGUUGUCCUGGGAAUGACACUCAACCAGAUUAUUGACGUGGACGAAAAGAAUCAAAUACUUACAACUAGUGCGUGGGUGAGACAGACAUGGUUCAACCCUUAUCUCGCCUGGAAUACGACGCACUUUGGUGGUUUAAAGACCAUCAAUGUUUCGCCGAAGAAAGUCUGGUUACCUGAUAUUGUUCUUUAUGAUAACGCCGACGACGACCUAUCAUUCAGCGGUAAUCUUGAUCGACUCAACACUCGUGUUCAAUUGCAUUACACCGGCCGUAACCAAUGGCUGGCACCCGUSACGUUYAAGAGUAAUUGUCCAAUCAACGUCAAGGAUUUCCCAUUCGAUACGCAGAAGUGUCAGAUGAAGUUCGGUUCCUGGACUUACGAUGGUCUUAGAGUCGAUCUUGUUAACGAGAGUAGCUUUGCUGACCUUGGUAAGUUCCUACCCAGUGCCGAAUGGGAACUAGUAUCAGUCCCAGCCCAGCGAAAUGUGUUAAAAUAUUUUUGYUGCGAGGAACCUUACCCGGAUGUGACGUUUACAUUCAUCAUAAGUCGACGGUCUCUGUUCUAUAUGAUGAACCUUAUACUACCGCUGGUCACAAUCACCGUGUUGGUAAACGUAUCGUUUGUUCUACCGGCUGAAUCAGGUGAACGGAUAUCUUUAUCCAUCACAAUUCUACUAGCMAUGACAGUGUUUAUGUUGGUUGUAGCGGAGACRAUUCCCCCAACAUCAGACGCUAUACCCCUCAUAGCGAAGUUCUACAUGGCUGGUAUGAUAGAGAUGGCUGUUGCCUUAAUAUGGACGUGUUAUAUAUUAAAAUACUAUCAUUCAGACUGCAUGGAAAUGCCUAGUUGGGUGCGAAAGUAUAUUCUCGGUUACCUAGGAAAUUUUUUCGGUAUUCGCAUGGAGAAUUUGAAGCGSUUUUCCGAGCAUUCGAACAUACGGCGUAAUAAUCCAGGCGGCMCAGGGAUACAYGAUGACAUGGUAUUCCACACGGAUUCAUCGAUGAGCAGCAGAAAUCCUAUGUGCAGAAAAAACAAUUACAAGAGUAAAUUACUCAAGAAAGAACAUGACGAUGUGGAUGASGUGGAUGAYCCUUAUGAUCGAGCACGAAAUGGUUACCUMCCAACACCACUGCAGCCCUUGCAUCAUUUAUCWACGAAUAAUUUGAACUCAUUACCCAUUGACUCUUCCAAUAGACCAGUUUUUGACUUGGGGGAGAAGAUCCUGGAAAAGGUGGAGACACUGGUGGAGAACUCGGUUGUUGAUGAUAGAGUGAACAUUCACAAGGAAGAAUGGCGAAUCGCUGCRAUGGUGAUGGAUAAGGUGUCUCUCUGGGUGUUCAGUAUCACUGUUCUGAUUACUAUAUUAGCGACGUUCUUGCAGGCUCCUGCCUAUGUACCGUAAAGAGAAGAAUAUAGUCGAUGUACACUCCACAGCUGACGAUGUUGAUCAAGAUCGAGAUUUCCAGAAAUGCAUGGUUAAACUCAAUGAAUGGACCUUGAAUAAACGAAGGAAACAAUUUCGGAUUAAGACGACGCCUCCAUUAUACAACAUGUGCUGUCUUUAGCACUAAAUCGGAGAUAGUGUAGCAAUGACUCCAAGGACCUUAUAUUUGACGACCUUUGCGCAGAGUCUUACGCAGAGKMUACGUAAAKGAAGGCGGGGCUUACGUAAAAACCACCGCAUAUGAACAAAAGUAACGAUAAGCUGAAAUUUU